AUGGGAGCAACCGAUAGUAAAUUAGCAUUUCGUAAAGGGGUGUUUAGAUUAUUUGAAGAACGUAAUAUUGGGCCUAAUGAUGAAUAUUGGUCUCAGUUUUGGAUACUACCAGAAACUUCUGAAGAUGUCUUUUCUCUCAUUGGAGCACAGGACAUUAGACGCGUUAGAGAUCAUGCAAGAGAAAAUUUGGAAACAUUGAUUUUAAAAACUUUUGAACGAAUUCUUGUAGUUGUGAGAGCACCAGAUUUUCCCUCACCUCAAAACUCUAUACUUCAUCUUUUAAAUUGUAUAAGGAUUCUUACCAGGAUCAUGCCAUUUAUAUUUGAAUCUGAAGAUAUGGAAGAAUGGGAAGAAAAUUUUUUUUGGACUGCUCAAACAAGAAAAUCAAAAAAAAAUCGUAAGCUAGAAGUUGUUGUUGACAAUUCAAUUGAAGAAACAAACAAUUAUGAAAGUCAAAAUAUCAAUAAUACAGAUGAAAAUAAUGAAAAUAUAAAUUAUACCGAAUCUAUAGAAACAAUACCACCUUUGGGCGAACGUCUAUUGUCUGUAGUGAUUGAAUUGUUGUUUUUAGCUGGGUUUACAUUACCUAUCAGCCUUACUACUCAAUAUAGUAGAGUGAUACCUGUUAAUUGGGAGACUGGAGUAGGCUCUACUAUACCAAUUGGCUCUUCAAAAGAAAAUGAUGUCAAUAAGACUGAAACAUUAAGAUUGCUAUUAACUCUUAUUUCAAGAUCGAUGUAUAUGUCAGCAGAAAACAAAUGGAUAAAAUAUUUAGUUCUUAAAAGAGAACGCAAAGUAGUUCUAGCAUUACUUUGUAGCAUUUUAAACACGGCAGUAAAGUAUAAUCCUGCUGGUUGGGGCGUUCCAUAUAAUCAUGUUAUGUUUGCUGAUACACGAGAAAUGCUUGUGGCACUUUGUUUACAGGUUUUAUUAGUCCUACUGGAUUAUCCAAUAUCUACAGAAACUACAAGCAGCGAUAGAGAUUCAAUUCUCUUAAGAAAUUUACCACCUAAUGUUGAUAAUGUAUUUAGACAUUAUACUUCAAAGUUACAUAGAACACAAGAUUUUCAAUUUAUCAUGGAUGGUAUAUACCGUAUUCUCAGUAAUCCGAUGCAGGCAAACAAUACAUAUUUACCUGGUUCAACAAAACAAAUACGAUGUUAUCAAGAAACUUUAAUGCUCUGUUGGAAAUUCCUUGAAAUAAAUAAGAGAUUUCGUAAUUACUUAUUUGAUACUGAUAGAGUAUUGGACAUAUUAAUUGUGUUAAUUUAUUAUGCAUUAGAAAAUAAAAAUGAUACUGCUCAAUUAGGUUUGUUACGUAUGUGUGCGUUUAUUCUUCAAACAUUAUCAUCAGAUCGUGAAUUUGCAAUAAGGUUGAAUAAAGUAUUUGAGGGACAUGGAUCACUUCCUGGAAAUGUUCGUAUACCAGCAUUUUAUGGCACAUAUGCUGAUUAUAUGAUAAUUUCAAUUUAUGCACUUAUAGCUACUACACGUGGCACUUUACAUUCACUUUAUCCAGCAUUUAUAUUGACCAUUACCAAUGUAUCACCUUAUUUGAAGAACCUAUCUGUUGUAUCAUCUACAAAAUUAGUUCAAUUAUUUUCUUCGUUUACAGCACCAGGAUUUUUAUUAUCUGAAGAAGGAAACCAUCGAGGUCUAACGGAAAUUAAAAAGGUUCAACUUGCAAAAGAACAACGUAAAAAACAAUCAAAAAAUAUUCCUAAUACUGGUGAUGGUAAAUCAACGGAUUCAACAGCAGCAGCAGCAGAUAUAAAUGAGAAAACAACAAUGUUACGAAUCUCUUCUCAAUUUGAUAAUAAUCAAUCAGAAAUGAUAGAAUAUGAAGAGGGUCCAAUGCCACCACUUUCUGAAAAGGCCCGUGGUAAACUACCAGAAGUAGUUCCUUUCUCAGUUGGAAAGUCGGGAUUUGUCCCUACUGAAGAUUGGGUUUCAUCUUGGCAUUCUAAUCUGCAAAUUGGAACAAUUUUACUUUUAUUAAGUGAGCUGAUACCCAAAGUUCAAUCAAUGUGCAUGACACAAUCAAUCACAACAGAUCAAGAGGUUUUAGAAUAUUUAAAGUCAGUAACACUUGUUGGUAUCUUACCACUACCCCAACCCAUAUUAAUUCGACAAUUUCUAUGGUCAGAAGCUAGUGUAGUAUGGUUUUCGAGUAUUUUAUGGGGCCAAAUUUAUUUAGCUUCAUCAAAUCAUCUAGGUGUUUUCAAUGGAACACUAGUUAAACUGUUUCUUGUCAAGCCAACAUCAAAAGAAGGAAGAUUUAAGAAUGCUAUUGAUAAUGCUGUAGGAGGAGUUAUUGACCGCCUAGUGUCUCCAAUUCCAACCACAACCACAUCAUCAACAAAUAAUACAUCAUCAACAAAUAAUACAUCAACAAAUAAUAAUACUACAACCACUACAACAUAA